UCAUCGAAACGUCAGCCGCACUCGCGCUUUCGGUCUGUUAAUUUGGUUGUCGAUCCUUUUACAGUUCCGAACCCGGCGCCAGGCUCCCGCCGCUACGCUCUCCAGCCAACUAGCUCCAGCCAGCCCGACCGCCCGCCGGCCGACGGGAUCCGAACACGCCCGAGUCUCCAUUCGGUCGGAUCCGCCCCGAGCCCGCAACCCCCAUUUGCUGCCAUCCGCCCGCGAGCUGCCAGGCCACGACCGCGUUCGCAGCCAUGGGCAUGAGCAUAUCACUCUUGUUAGCCCGGCUGUUCGGAAAGAAGCAGAUGCGGAUCUUGAUGGUGGGACUUGAUGCUGCUGGGAAAACUACAAUCCUGUACAAACUAAAGCUGGGUGAGGUCGUCACCACCAUUCCAACAAUAGGAUUUAAUGUGGAAACUGUAGAGUACAAGAAUAUUUGUUUCACUGUGUGGGAUGUUGGGGGUCAGGAUAAAAUCCGUCCAUUGUGGAGACAUUACUUCCAAAACACACAGGGUCUAAUCUUUGUCGUGGACAGCAAUGACCGAGAAAGAGUGCAGGAGUCAUUAGAUGAACUACAGAAAAUGCUGCAAGAGGAUGAGCUAAGGGAUGCAGUAUUGCUGAUAUUUGCGAACAAGCAGGAUUUGCCAAAUGCUCUGGGCGUUACAGAGCUUUCCGAGAAACUGGGAUUACAACGUAUGAGCGGCAGAACUUGGCACAUUCAGGCAACAUGUGCUACCCAAGGUAGUGGUCUAUAUGAGGGACUGGAUUGGUUGUCCUGCGAGCUGCACAAACAGUAGAAGAAUGACAUGAAUGAUCUCGCCUGCAUUGGUGUGACAACUGCGAGGAUGUGAAUUCAAAGACUUUUAACACCGUUUUUUUUCCCCCCCCUUUUCAUUCUAUACUGUUAUUUUGCAUUUCGUCAUCUUUUAUUUGUCAGCUCUUUAUGAUGCAUGGUUUUUUUUAAGUUUAUUAAUGGUUUGAGGAUUAUCCAUUCAUUCAACAAUGCAUGGAUGUUCCUUGCAGGACCAUUUUGAGGAGUAACAGCACAAGUUGCCUCUUAGUAGCAAGUUGGAACUUGUGUUUGUGACGAAGAGAAUUCUGUAACCAGCUUCCAACUACAAUAGAUUCCCAUUUGCAAUUCUAAGUACAUAUGUACCCAAAUAACUGGAUGAAUCGCUUCAACAGUAUCCCACAGGCUUGUUUAAUCUUCCGAUUUUGGACCAUAGAGUAUUUUAAAUGGUUGCUUGUUGCACAAUGAUGCCCCCUCCCCUCUUCAGAGUUCCACAACUAUCAAUCUUUUUACUGUAUGUGGAUUCCAGAAAAAUUGGUUUUGCAGAUGUUUGCUUUUUUGGCUGCAGGUGCCGUCGUGAGCAUGGCUGCAUUGUUUCAGAUUUAGAAAAUGUCUGGACACGUGAAGCCUCGUUCAGUCACCAGCUAACCUGUAACUUGUAGAAUGAGUUUUUAAUCUUCAAUUGUGAAGAGUACCAGUUAUAAGAUGAACAGAUACAUGAGCAAUCGUAGCUUAACUGCAGCAAUCAAGUGUUGACUGGAUAAACUAACUUUCUUUUCAUUAACUUUACCCUGCGUUAAAGAGCUUUUAAUCUUCAAUGUGUCAAGUUGCCCUAUUUUGAUGGUUAGGUCAUGUCUCCCCUGCCCAGUAUAUUUCUCCAGUACAGGAUAACAGUGCUGGCAUUUUCUCCUCAGUGGAACAUGGGGCCACUGCUGUGAGUUGUGGGUCAAUAUCACUGUUAAGUUAGUGCAGAUCUUGGUAGGAAAUGCUUUUUGAAUGGAGGUAUCUCUCUUAAAAUUACAAGAAUUUAUAUACUUGAUGGCUGUGCAUUUAUUUUCUCUACAAUUUAGGAAUAAACCAUGAGGUUACAAAGGGCACUGGUUUGCUGUUUUAAUGGCUUGUGAGUAAAUCAUAUUUUCCACAGUAGUAUAGGGAAAACUUGAUUAAUAAUUGUGCCUCUUUGAGACAUGUAUGUGUGUGUGUAUAUAUAUAAUAUAUAUAUAUAUAUGGGUGUGUAUAUAUAUAUUUUAUAUAUAUAUAUAUAUAUAGUUUAAAAAUACAGCCAAAUCUUAAAUUGUAUGCAUGGAGCAUUUACCUCAUUCUGCCAUGGUAUGUAUUUGUGCUUAUGUAAAAAUUAUGGGAAGCCCUUCUGAAAUUCCCCUUGUGUUAAUGUAAUGUUCUUUUGGCUAUGUAAACACUUUGAGCAUUAGCUGCUGUAAACACAUCUGCGAAGGUAUUGCGUUCCCUGUGGAAACUGUGAUCCUGAUAACUGGCAUUAAUCUAAACAAUAAAUCAGUGAGCUGAGACAAACCAUACUGAAAUUGCUGAGGCAUAGUACCUUUCCUGAAACUGAUUUAAUCUUAAUAAAGGCCUUUUCAGAAACA